AAAAUCAGAAGCUUUUUAGUUUUUUCUUCUAGUUGAAGGCAAAAGCGAAUAAACGACGUCGUUUUUAUGCAACAAUUUCUCUCCGAGAAUUUUCCAUGGCGGAGAACGAACCCGCGAAGCCUUUGUUACCAUACCUUCAACGCGCCGAUGAAUUACAGAAACACGAACCUCUCGUUUCUUAUUACUGUCGAUUAUAUGCGAUGGAAAGAGGAUUGAGGAUUCCACAAAGUGAUCGCACCAAAACUACUAAUGCUCUUCUUGUUUCUCUCAUGAAACAGCUUGAAAAGGAUAAAAAGGGACUCAAGUUGGGGCCUGAAGAUAAUUUAUAUCUUGAGGGAUUUGCUUUGAAUGUGUUUGGGAAAGCAGACAAGCAAGAUCGUGCUGGAAGAGCAGAUGUGAAUACAGCAAAAACAUUUUACGCUGCUAGCAUCUUUUUUGAGAUUCUUAAUCAAUUUGGUGAACUUCAGCCUGAUCUGGAGCAGAAACAGAAAUAUGCAGUAUGGAAAGCAGCUGAUAUAAGAAAGGCUUUGAAAGAAGGAAGGAAGCCUGUGGCUGGCCCACCUGCUGGUGACGAGGACCUGUCCGUUCUGUCGAGCUCUCCUAGUAAUAUAUAUGAUAUUGGGACUACUGAAACUUCUGCUUCUGGUGCUGGGUCAGAAUCCGAUUCAACACAUGGUUAUCAUAACCCUGUCAACUACCAGAAUCUGCCAAGCAUUCCUCCUGCACCUAAAUUCAACGACACUCUUAAUGAUCAAAAUUCUGCAAACAUUCCACCAUCUUUGCAGUUUCAUGAUAGGGUAAAUGAUAAUAAGCAUUCUUCCAUUGUUUCUCCAUCAUCUCACUCUUAUACACCUGGAGUUUAUCCUUCCCAAGACUACCAUCCUCCUCCAUCUUCCCAGGAUUAUCAUCACCCACCACCUUCCCAAGAAUACCAUCCUCCUCCACCUUCCCAAGAUUACCAUCCUCCGCCACCUUCCCAGGAUUAUCCUCCUCCACCUUCCCAGGAUUACCAUCCUCCUCCACCUUCUCAAGAUUAUCAACCCCCUCCACCUUCCCAAGAUUACCAUCAGCCUCCACCUGCAAGAUCAGACAGUUCUUAUUCCGAGCCCUACAACCACCAACAAUACUCACCAGAUCAGUCACAGAAUUUAGGUCCCAAUUACCCUUCUCACGAAACUCCCCCUCCUUACUCUCUUCCCCAUUUUCAAUCUUAUCCAAGUUUUACAGAAAGCAGCCUACCGUCGGUACCAGUAAACCACACUUAUUAUCAAGGGCCCGAUGCUUCAUAUUCUUCCCAGUCAGCUCCUCUGACUACAAACCAUUCAUUAAAUACCCAAAACAGUUCCAGCAGCAGAAAUGGUACUGUCCCAGAACCCAAGCCAACAACUCCGACAUACCAGUAUGACAGUAGCUACCAGCCACCACCUGAAAGAAUAGCAGAGGCACACAAAGCUGCAAGAUUUGCCGUUGGGGCACUGGCAUUCGAUGAUGUCUCAAUUGCAGUAGACUACUUGAAGAAAUCACUAGAGUUGCUAACAAACCCAUCAGUUGGCCAGUAAGAUUGUGUAAAAAUUGGUACUGGUAUACAUGGUGUCCUGUUUUGUAAUAUAUUAUAUUCCUUGUGCAUGAAGCGUGAAGAAAUUCAGUAAACAUGACUUGAAUGAAAAUCAUAAAAUUUGUCUGGAGUGUCUAGUUGUCAUUAAUAUAGAAGUCAUUGAGAUUGAUGUCUUUGUCAAGGGGUUAUGAGACAUGAGAUAUCUGAUUGAUGAAUUUCAGUUGUCUGUCUGGAUCAAUUUAUUAUUAUUUUUAAU